AUGAAGUUAUUCAGGAAGGAAUAUCUGACACUUGGUAGUGUUUCAUUAAAAGAUUUUGUUGAUAAUUUACAAAAACAAAUAAGAAUAUUAAGUAUACUGAACCAUGAGACCUCGUGGCACUUGUCUGUAAAAGAUGGUUUGAAUAUUUCUUACAAUCAUGAGAGAGAGCCAGUCCACAGCAUUAGAGGCUCACCAUUUAAGAUCCUGUCUUCAGUGAAGCACUUCAUCAAUGAUUACAAUCCUCAGUCUAAAUUGAAGAUAUAUCGUGGUCAGUCCUUCACAAUACCAAACUAUGCUGUGGAGUCCAAUGGAGGAGAAAGGAUAGAAGUCGAUUUAAAGUUGUAUUCUUGUGUAUCAGUCAUUCCUUCUUUGAGGUUAAGCAGAGGAAAGAAAGUACCAGCAGAUCGGGUCUGCAGUGAACUCCAUGUCAAUAUUUAUGUUACUGGUAAUGUUCCUCUUUAUUCAACUGAAGAGGUGUCAGCUACUGGUCCUAAUGUUAUUAAUAUUAAUGAUGUUGCUGAUUGGACUGAGUAUGGACUCACAAUUGAUGAGAGGAGAUCAGCCUUUCAAGGAGCAGCAAGAAGCAGUUGUAGCCCUUUUUGUUUUUCUUAUUACUUAAAAACUCACAGAACUUGCUCACUGUCUACCAGCAGAUACAAGAAAGACAGAUUAAUUAUAGUGUUCAUUUUCAUUGAGUUACUCCCCACUACUGCUCCUGCUCCACACUCCCUCUUAGUUGAAGAGAAGUGGUGUGGAUCCAUUUCACUGCUGACUGGCCUAAGGAGGGACUUCCCCUCUCUUCUUCAUGAAUAUUCAAAUAAAGUUCAUAAAACAAUCCAUGAAGGACUCAAUAAAAUAUUCUGCAAUUAUUCUGAUUAUGGGAAAAUUACUGAUUCUUUCAGUGUGUCAUUGCCAUUAUUAUCAGGGGCAGUUAAUGAUAUUCAUAGAUUAUCUGUUAAUAAUAAAUUCAAAAAGGAAGUAGCUGAAUUAUUAGAAACAGAACAAGAUGUUGAGCAAGAAUUACUGAAGAAAUUGAAUGAAUUAUCAGAAAAACACUCCUUGAAUGACAGAGUGCCCACUACACCAGAGUUGUUAGUAUCAAUGAAUGAGGAAACAUCAGCUAAUGGAACUUCUGAAACUGGAGCUGGAAUCAAUGGGAUCAGAAUCAGUGAAACCAGAAUCAAUGAGACAGAGACAGGAUUCAACAGGACUGAGACCAGAAUCAAUGAAACCAAGACUGGAAUCAAUGAGACAGAGACUAGAAUUGAUGAGACAGAGACUGGGACCAAUGAGACAGAAACUGGGAUCAAUGAGACAGAGACUGGAAUCAAUGAUGUUUCAUUCAGUGAUUCUGAGUGUGAUUUUGAUACAUUAGCUAUUGUUCCUGAUAGUGAUACAAUCAUUGGAUCAAUAGUUCCUGAUGCAACCAGUUUAGCAGGAUCUCAUCAUCAUCAUCACUAUUAUUAUUAUUAUGAAGAAGAAGAAGAAGGUUAUGAUAUCGACCAGUGGUAUGAUGAUACUCCAGCAGUGGUGGUACCAUCAGUGAUUCAAACAGGAUCAGUUCAAACAGAGCCCAGCUGCUCCAGUCAAUACGAGAAGUGUUCGUAUGAUAGUCAACCAGAUCAUCUAAUGGAAGACAUUAUAAUGACAGUGUCACCUCAAAUUAAUGAACUGGACUUUGAUUGGUCGGAUUAAAAUAAUAAAAAAACACUC